CAGAAGGAAAUGCAAGAAGCAAACCAUUCCACAGUGACUGAGUUCAUCCUCGCUGGGUUGACAGACAAACCGGAGCUGCAGCUGCCCCUCUUCCUGCUCUUCCUCGGGAUCUACGUGCUCACAGUGCUGGGGAACCUGGGCAUGAUCAUCCUGAUCCUGCUCAGCUCCCACCUGCACACCCCCAUGUACUUCUUCCUCAGCAGUCUGUCCUUCAUUGACCUCUGUUAUUCCACAGUCAUUACCCCCAAAAUGCUGAGUUCCCAGAAGGAAAUGGAAGAAGUAAACCAUUCCACAGUGACUGAGUUCAUCCUCGCUGGGUUGACAGACAAACCUGAGCUGCAGCUGCCCCUCUUCCUGCUCUUCCUCGGGAUCUACGUGCUCACAGUGCUGGGGAACCUGGGCAUGAUCAUCCUGAUCCUGCUCAGCUCCCACCUGCACACCCCCAUGUACUUCUUCCUCAGCAGUCUGUCCUUCAUUGACCUCUGUUAUUCCACAGUCAUUACCCCCAAAAUGCUGGUGAACUUUGUGACAGACAAAAACAUCAUCUCCCCUGAAUGCAUGACUCAGCUCUACUUCUUCCUCAUUUUUGUUAUAUCUGAGUGUCACAUGUUGGCUGCAAUGGCCUAUGACCGCUAUGUGGCCAUCUGUAACCCCCUGCUUUACAAUGUCACCAUGUCUUAUCAAGUCUGUUUCUGUAUGGUAAGUGGGGUGUACAGCAUAGGCUUUCUUGGUGCCACAUCUCAUACUCUCUGCAUGCUAAGAGUGAUUUUCUGCAAGGAUAAUAAAAUAAAACAUUAUUUCUGUGAUAUUCUUCCAUUGCUGCAGCUCUCCUGUUCUAGUACUUUUAUCAAUAUGGUAGUACUUCUAUGCUUCAGUGCUUUUAAUUUCUCUAUUCCAACCUUAACCAUCAUGGGUUCUUACAUCUUCAUCAUUGCCAGCAUUCUCCGCAUUAAAUCCACGGAGGGCAGGUUCAAAGCCUUCAGUACCUGCAGCUCCCACUUCUCUGCUGUGGCCGUCUUCUUUGGUUCUCUGGCAUUCAUGUACUUACAGCCAUCAUCAGUCAGCUCCAAAGAUCAAGGAAAAAUGUCAUCUGUGCUUUAUACUACUGUUGUCCCCAUGGUCAACCCCCUGAUCUAUAGCCUAAGGAAUAAGGAUGUCAAACUUGCUCUAAAUAAGUUGCUUGUAAAACAGAACUUUUUUAUGUAG